AAGAGAGACUUGGACUAAAGUUAGCCACACGGUCCCCACGCGAAGGACACGAGAGCUGUACACUGCCAGCCAACCCCCCUCCCCGGCUCUCUCUGCAGGCAGACACUCGCGCCGUGCGUAAAGAACUAGUGCCGGUGCGUAAAGAACAAGUGUCGGUGCGUAAAGAACAAGUGUCGGUGCCGUGCGUAAAGCGUAAAGUGUCGGCGAGAUGGAGACUACAUCCAUCACCACCACGCAGACAGCAUUCACCUUUGGACUAAGUGAGAGACACGCAAGCAUCAGCCUGCACGCCCCGCCCCAGGACGUAGUAACUGUCCAGCCGAGCAGCCAGGCGGCCGGCUGCUGCCAGAGCAAGAGCAAGGUGCUGAAGAGACAGCGCUCCAGCUCCCCGGAGCUGCUGCGCUGCAAGCGCCGCCUCAGCUUCAACGGCCUCGGAUACUCCAUCCCGCAGCAGCAGCCCGUGGCCGUGGCCCGGCGGAACGAGAGGGAGAGGAACCGAGUCAAGCAGGUCAACAUGGGCUUCCAGACUCUCCGCCAGCACGUGCCGAACGGCGCGGCCAACAAGAAGAUGAGCAAGGUGGAGACGCUGCGGUCCGCGGUGGAGUACAUCAGGGCGCUGCAGCAGCUGCUCGACGAGCACGACGCGGUGUCGGCCGCCUUCCAGUGCGGGCUGCCGUCACCCACGCUCUCCAACAGCUACUCCGCCGACCCCGAGUCGCCUCACUCCACCUACUCUUCAGAUGAAGGAGGCUAUGAGCCUCUGAGCUCCGAGGAGCAGGAACUGUUGGACUUCACCACCUGGUUUGACAGGUACUGAACUGAUGCUGUCAACAUGCAAACGACGCAGCGAGCAUCUUUGCGUAAAAGAGGUUGACUACUUUUGGAAAGGCUGACAGAGACUUGAUGAAGGCAUCAGACCCGUCUUGCUCUCCGUGCCAACAGGUUAUCUGCUGUCCCUCCCUGAAUCUGGAGGCUGAAUCUGCAGGAGCACAGCAAAAAGUGGAAACAAGAAACAAGGAGUGUGUGUGUGUGUGUGUGUAUGUGUGUGUGUGUGUGUGUGUGUGUGUGUGUGUGUGUGUGUGUGUGUGUGUGUGUGUGUGUGUGUGUGUGUGUGUGUGUGUGUGUGUGUGUGUGUGUGUGUGUGUGUGUGUGUGUGUGUACCCCACGAGAAAGUAUGAGUUGGACUCAGUGGAAACUCUGACGAAUGGAAGAAAAUAACUGUUGAUGUUAUGUUUGAAUAAGUGCAAUUAAUUGGUGAAACUAAAGGCUCUGCAGAGACACUGCUGAAGCUCCGCGGGAUUUGUUUGAAGAGUUUCAUCACACCGGGACUGCCUUCCUGGCUAUACCGUUGGACUAUAGCCUAUACAACAAAUAUGAUGCAUCGACAGAGCUUUUCCUGAUGUACAUUUGUGCCCUGUCAUACAAAAUUGUAUCAUUCAAACACUUGUUUUCACACAAAGACAUAUUUUUGUACAUUUAGUCAAACAAAUGUUCUUGAACAACGUUUACUGCCACUUUUCUGACAGUGUUUUGACUGGAGAGCCAGCUGUCAGCAAAGCAGAGAGCUGGCAUGUAUGAGGUGUGUGACUGGACAGCAAUAUCGAGGCUACCUGUGACAGAUUGUAGUGUUUGUUUUUCUUUUCUUUUGAUAGGUGAUAAGGAGACAUUUAAUAAAGUAUGCACUUGUUCUCAGUUUCACAUAGCCUAAAAUGUAAAUAUUUGAUUUUAACAGAUAUA